AUGCGCCGCGGGGGCGGGCCGGGAGGUGGGACGGUCCGAUUCUUCCGUGUGCCACCGCCGCCGCCUUAGCUUAGCUGAUCUUGCCACUUCGGGGCUGCACUGCCGGCGGUAGCCGCGCGAGGGGAAGAGAGGGGACAGACGGAGCGUGCGUGAGCAGGGGUCCCCGCAGCCCCAGCAGUUCCUCUCGCGCGGGGUGGGCGGCGGGGUUCAGCAGCAGUCGGGGGAGGCCCUAGACGGCGCCAUGUCGGCUGGCGGCCCGUGCCCGGCAGGAGCCGGAGGGGGCCCCGGGGGCGCCUCCUGCGCCGUGGGGGUCUCCCCGGGUGGGGUAUCCAUGUUCCGUUGGCUGGAGGUGCUGGAGAAGGAGUUCGACAAGGCCUUCGUGGAUGUGGAUCUGCUCCUGGGUGAGAUCGAUCCGGACCAGGCGGACAUCACUUAUGAGGGGCGACAGAAGAUGACCAGCCUGAGUUCCUGCUUUGCGCAGCUUUGCCAUAAAGCCCAGACUGUGUCCCAAAUCAACCACAAGCUAGAGGCACAGUUGGUAGAUCUGAAAUCUGAACUGACAGAGACCCAGGCAGAAAAAGUUGUGUUGGAGAAAGAAGUCCACGAUCAGCUUUUACAGUUGCACUCUAUUCAGCUUCAGCUUCAUGCCAAAACUGGUCAGAGUGUUGACUCUGGUACUAUUAAGGCAAAACUGUCUGUCCCCUCUGUGGAGGAGCUGGAGAGAGAGCUUGAAGCAAACAAAAAAGAAAAAAUGAAAGAAGCUCAGCUUGAAGCUGAAGUGAAGUUGUUGAGAAAAGAGAAUGAAGCCCUUCGUAGGCACAUAGCUGUUCUCCAGGCUGAGGUCUACGGCGCAAGACUGGCCGCCAAGUACUUGGAUAAGGAACUGGCAGGAAGGGUCCAGCAAAUACAAUUACUAGGACGAGAUAUGAAGGGACCAGCUCAUGAUAAGCUUUGGAACCAGCUGGAAGCCGAAAUACAUUUGCAUCGUCACAAAACUGUGAUCAGAGCCUGUAGAGGACGUAAUGACCUAAAACGACCAAUGCAAGCCCCUCCAGGCCACGAUCAAGACUCUUUAAAGAAAAGUCAAGGUGUUGGUCCAAUUAGAAAAGUUCUCCUCCUUAAGGAAGAUCAUGAAGGCCUUGGCAUUUCAAUUACCGGUGGGAAAGAGCAUGGUGUUCCAAUCCUCAUUUCUGAGAUCCACCCAGGGCAACCUGCUGACAGAUGUGGAGGGCUACAUGUCGGAGAUGCUAUUCUGGCUGUUAACGGAGUUAACCUAAGGGACACAAAGCAUAAAGAAGCUGUAACCAUUCUUUCCCAGCAGAGAGGAGAGAUUGAAUUUGAAGUAGUUUAUGUGGCUCCUGAGGUGGAUUCUGAUGAUGAAAAUGUAGAGUAUGAAGAUGAGAGUGGACACCGCUACCGUUUGUACCUUGAUGAGUUGGAGGGAGGUAGUAAUCCUGGUGCUAGCUGCAAAGACACAAGCGGGGAUAUCAAAGUGUUGCAAGGAUUUAAUAAGAAGGCAGUAACUGAUGGACAUGAAAAUGGAGACCUAGGAACUUCAGGUGAACCUCCUGUAGAAGACAGUGCUUCUAAACUGGAUGAUCUGCACAGUUUGUAUCACAAGAAAUCUUACUAAACUGACUGUAUCUCCAGACAAGAUUGUUAAUCAGACUCUUCUGAGCUUGGGGCACUAGGGAAGACGGUGACGGAAACAGACUGUACAAAGAUCAAGGGAGGCUUGUAGCCUAAAUGAAAGGCGGGUACCUCAGGGCUUCAUGUGAACAAUUCUAAAUGCAUAAAACUCCCUGUUUUCUGUGGUAUACCAUAACUAGCUGUUGCAUGUAAAGUGAUUUUUGAUUUUCCUAAAAUUGUAAAGCACCAAAGCAUGUGUUUCCCAAAGGGAUAUUAUUAGGCUCUUAAGUACCAAAUGAAGCACUCCUGUUUUAUUUGGCUCCUUUUCCAUUUAGUAGAAGGACCGUGCUAACCGGAAUUUAUAAGAAAUAGUCUUUAAAUACGAGAAUAAAUAUAUAUUCCAGAAUGUUAAGUGUGGUGUUCCAGAGGACAGAACUUAAUGAAUUGCAGAAAUGUAGGCUUGACUUAAUUUUUUUUAGGUAAAAGAAUGGUUUUAGGUUUUUAAUUUAAUUUAUUGUGCAUCCUGAUAUCUAAAUCAGUUCUUAAUGAUCAUUUAUUGUAAUGAGUUUGCCUUUCAGCUUUAUUCAAUGCAGUACAAAAUAGUUUUCUUUAAGCAAUCCUUUAUUAAUCAGUGCUGCACUAGAAGUACUUUCUGAAAAGUUAAUGUACAUUGUACUUUCCUGGUUUCUGAAAGAAAUGCAGAGGAGUGUAAAAUAUCUGUUCUCAAUUAUGUUGAUCUGUGUGCAUGGUAUUGGAGCAUUCCAUUAUUAAUGUUUGGACUCAGAUGCUUUUUUUUUCCCCUAGAAUCCACAAAAGACAGUUUUAUACAUUUUGAGUUGUUCAUAAAGUUUGUCUUGUUGUGACAGCCUUGGCACUUGAAGAAACAUUUUUCUGGCAGUACAAGCUCAACCUUGUCAGUGAAAUACAUUUAGUCUGAACAGCGGUUUUCUCGCAGAGUAACUCAUUUGCCGAUCAUCUAAACAGCCAAGGCACUGGUGGGCAAGAUAAGGGGAGACAUUUCGAUACAGGAAUUGUUUUGGUCGGCUUUUCAUCUCCGUGUUUGACUGAAGUGCUCUCGUACACAAAGUACAGAUUUGUCUGUUCUCUUACCGCAGGAUUAAGCCUGGAGGGCCUGCUCUCAGUUACUGCCCCGCAGGCCACACUGUGCCUUGCUGGGGAAAGUGAAAACAGUGCGUUUAAAGAGGUGAUAGUUUUGCCAAUAUCCUGGUGUUAAAGGAUGUAUGCUGAAGGGAAUAUUAAGUGCAGGAAAGCCGACAGGCUUGGAGAGUAUUAUCAGUACCUUCAUGUCUAACAGGCAGAUGUCAUGUGAUGUCCAACACAUGGUUUUUCUUUCCUAGAUGCACCAUAUAUGUGUUCUUCGGUAAAUCUAUACAAUGUAUAUACUUUACUUGGUGGGUUUGCUAUUUAUAAAUCUUAUGUUUUAACUAUUGCUCCUUUAUGGUUUGUUUUGGGUGGUUUGUUCAUCCGUAUAUCACCAUGUUAGUUUAUAAUAGAAAUGCACUUCCUAGUGUAUAUUGUUACUGAUAUUAAAAUACCUUGUAGUGUAA